AUGUCUCGUAACCUAACAUUGUUAAUUGUCGUCUUGCUUGCAUGCAGAUUUUCUUGUCAGCAAAUUGAUUUCAGUAUUUGUCCAAACGGAUUAACUAAUGCUCCAUCCGAUCCACAAUGGCCAAGCAUUCUACCGAACCAUUUCGAGCUAUCGGCCGAAUUAACAACCGAUGUUGAAACAAUUGAAGUAACUCAAUCGUUUCUCGGACCAUACAGGGAUGUUGUGUACUUUCAUAGUUAUGAGACGACUUCUAAGACAUAUUCUGACUUUGACACCAAUGAACUCUUGGUAGUCUUUGAUGAUUCUUUAUUAUGUGAUCGACUACCUAUUGGAUCAAAUGACGUUUUACCGUACCUGACUGGUCAAAUUGUCAAACCAUCUAUUCUCUUGGGUUUCACUGGACGAAAUAAUUACAAUAGUGCAUUUUAUACACGAUAUCUUGGUAUUGAAACUGUUCGAGAGGGUAUUCGAGCAAAAAAGUUUCAAUCCUGUUUUUUCAUUGAGCAAGAGCAGGUCACUAUCAAUGCAACUUAUUAUAUUGGUGACUCACCGCCUGAUCAAUCAGCAUUGAACGUUCCGUUCGACUUCGUUCAAAUCGAUGUUCGCUCAAAUAAUCUGCCCUAUACAUAUAACAUUCUUCGCUAUGUAACAAAUCCAUCGUUAACAAUUGAGACGCCAUCAAAUGUGUAUUGCCCGAAUCGAACGAAUACAAAGCCUUUUCCACAAAACCUUCCACCUCGUCUAUCUCUUCACUCUGAAAUUUAUACGCUUAAAAAUAAUGAUACACCAUCCAGAGUCGAAUCAUACAAUCGAUUGAUUGAUGAAACACUGCUCUUCGAACGGAUCGAUUACACAAUGAACAAAUUGCCAUCGGAAUUCAUACCAAGUGGAUUAUUGCUUGAUUACUCAUUAAAUUUAAAUUAUUUAUAUGCGCGUGAAAGUCAAGAGUGCGUGAUAAGGAAUGCAACUAGUCACGCGAUGGGAACAACAAAUGAGAUCUUGUUUCAAUUCGGCGAUAUGAACAAUACUAUUCAAUUUCAAUACACUGGUAUAACGCAUUGUAAUCGUCCGCAUCUUCAAUGUCACCGAUGGAUUGGUCAACAAGAAGUCGGUAUAUUCAAAAAACAAUAUGAAUGGUAUUGGAGUGCAAAAUAUAAUGAUAUAGACUUACAAGAACUGAUUCCAAUCCAAGUUUAUCUAACAACGAUAAGUGAAGCUGGACCAUCAAAAAUGAUCAAACAGGAAACAAAUAUCUUCAAUUAUAAUUCGCAACCAGAUUCUAUGCAAUUAAUCGAUACAACAAUCGGUGAAUGUUAUCGAGCACUAGGUCCCAGUCAUCAAUUUAAUUAUGCUAUACUUCGAAUGACGCUGAAUAACGAUGCAAAAUAUCCCGUUCAUCAACAUCUACUAUCGUUAGAAAAUCGUUUACAUAUGCAAUUGGCCAGUGAUCUUCAUAUUCGGCAUAUACGACUAUCGUCAUUCGUCAUCGAUAUAACACGUGACACCACUGAUCAGCACAAUAAAGACGUUUACGUAACAUUUACUCUUCUGGACAAUCCACCUGUGUCGAACGAAUUGUUGAAAGAGCCACCAUCGUUGCAACUGAUACGACAAUUGGCACAACAAAUCAACGAAGGUAAAUUCCAUAUACGAGAUAACGACGGUGGCUAUGAUCUACAAGCUCGACCAAAUAGUCUUCGCACACUAGUGCUUUACUUGUUACCAUCUGAAAACCAUACAAGUUAUUUUAAUGAGACGAUAUUUAUCUAUCACAAUGUAACAAAUACAAUUUAUAGACAACGUGAGAAGAUCGUGCAUCGACAUACAGGUCCACUGAUUGCUGCUUUUUGGAUGGGAUUUGCUUUACUAGGUAUGAUUGUUACAUUAGCUAUAAGUUCGUUUGUGGCCAUAAGAAAAUGGAUGCCAACAAUUAAUAAUCGCAAUACCUAA